CCCAAACAGGAAGUGGGUGGAUGAGCCUAAAUAGAAACUUCUGGGACUACUGAUGUGUGAAGCCAGUUGGUUGUGAGGUUCAAGGCAGGAACAAUGUCCAUCAUUCUCCUGGCUGUGGGUGUUUUUAUAGGAGCUGCUUUUAUUUACCAUCAUAUUGUGGUGAAGGGGAAGAAAUGCACAAGCAAAGCAGAGUUGCAUGGGAAAACUGUGAUUGUGACUGGCAGCAACACGGGCAUCGGGAGGACCACAGCCAUCAAUUUGGCUAGAAGAGGAGCCCGAGUCAUUCUGGCCUGUCGUUGUAAGCAGAGAGGAGAGGCCGCUCAGGAAGACAUAAGACGGGAGAGUGGCAGUAAUCAGGUGGUGUUCAUGCAGCUGGACCUGGGGAGUCUUGAGUCAGUUCGCAGCUUUGCUGAAACCUUUCUGAAGUCUGAACCCAGACUGGACCUCCUGAUCAACAAUGCAGGAAUCUGCAUGCAGGGUCGAACCAAGGAUGGAUUUGGGCUAAUGUUUGGUGUCAACCAUCUUGGUCAUUUCCUGUUAACUAACUUGCUGCUGGAGCGACUGAAGGAGAGCGCACCCAGCAGGAUAGUAAAUGUUUCAUCCAUGGCACACAACUUUGGAAAAAUUGAUUUCGACAGCCUGAACACCCACAAAUGUCUGGGACUUGGGACAUCGUCUGUGCGGGUUUUCCAGAUUUACUGUGAUAGUAAGCUGUGCAACGUUCUCUUCAACCAUGAGCUGGCCAAGAGACUGCAGGGAACCAGGGUGACCUGCUAUGCCCUCCACCCAGGUGCCAUCAGCUCUGAGCUGGGCAGGAACACAAGCUCACUUUUACAUGUACUUCUGAAGCCCGUGACUGUACUCUUCUUCAAGAACACUGUCCAGGGAUGCCAGACCACCCUGCACUGUGCCCUGCAGGAGGGCAUCGAGCCGCUCAGUGGACGCUACUUCUCCAACUGCACUGUGAGAGAACUCUUCGCUAAAGCCAAGGAUGAUGCUGCAGCCAAAAAGCUGUGGGAGAUCAGUGAAAGACUCUGUGGCCUUGUGUAAAAAUGUUUUUUAAAAAUCCAGAUUUUUGGGUGUCAGGGCAUUGCUGCGGAUCCUGCCUGACUGAAAUCUUCAUAUCAAGAUGAAAAAUGUCAUGUAGAGGUGAGAUUGGAUAAAUGUUUCAAUGUCCAUCAUAACAGAACAAAAGGAAGAGCUGAUCUGAAGCCACGGACGGUCUUUCUAAGCCUUAUUGAUGUUGACUUAACCAGGAAACACCUGCUCCACGUGCAAUGUGUAAUAACAUGUAAUAAACAACCAGACGUCUG